CCUGGAGUUGCCUCUGAGCAAACUUGCUACCUGUGGAGGCCGAGGGACAGUUCUCUCUGCAGGGAAGGAAAGAAGGCCAUGGGGCGAUUGAUCUUCGUGAGCUUCGGCUUGCUGGUCGUGUUCCUCUCCCUGAGUGGAACUGGAGCUGAUUCUGAUUGUCCCUCUGGUUGGUCCUUCUUCGACCAGCAUUGCUACAGGGUCUUCAAACAACGGAUGACCUGGGCCGAUGCAGAGAGGUCCUGCAGCCGAAAGGCGGAAGGCGGCCAUCUGGCCUCCAUCCAGAGCUUGGCAGAGUCAGCUUACGUGGCCCAACUGGCCUCCAGCCCUCCCCGCCUCUCCAAUGUCUGGAUCGGACUGAGUGGUUCAAGGAAGGACACUUUUCCAUUCCUGAGUGUUCCACGUAGUGAAUUCGUGGAAACCUCCAGAGACAGAGCCCCCUCCUCACUUGGUAACGUGGCUUCCCAGCCAUUUCAGAAACCCACCUGGCAAUGGAGUGAUGGCUCCCCCUUUGGCUACCAAUCCUGGAAACGAAGACAACCUGACAAUCUUUUUGGGAUCGAGUACUGCGUUGAGCUGUCACUCUUCUCAGGGUAUCUCCAAUGGAACGAUCAGCGUUGUGGGUCCUGGCGUUAUUUCGUCUGCAAGUUCCAGCCUCAGGUUGAGGGAAGCAGCUGAUGAACUCUGGAGAAGCAAGGAAGGCCCCCCACCCACCCCCCACUCCCACCUCCACUCUCCACCUGCCGCAAUCUCUGCUCUGCCCCCUUUGCUCAGUGGAUGCUCUCUGUGGCUGGAUCUGGUUCUGCUGCUCCUGAUGGGCCAGAAGGUCGAAUAAAUUCUGCCUAGCAUGA